UUUAAAACAGAGUCAGCAGCUCGGGACACCUUUUCCCGACACCACUGGCGGAUAAUUCAGUGACAAGCUGGAUUGAGAAUAUGCGAAGAAAUUAAAAUAGUCAACUUUGAAGCUGAGGACUCUUUUAGAUUUGAUUUUCUCUUGUUAAACAGGAUGGAUUUGUUUUAACCAACUGUAUCCCAACGACGUAGAUAUUUACAGAUCAGGGAAUUAAAUUUUUUCGUAAUACAAUGGAUUUAAGCUUCAACAGACGAGCCGUUGUGUUUUUCAUUGUUUGCUCAUUUUUAAGUGUUCGCCAUGGCUGCAGAGGAGAAGUUCCACCUAAACCCACCCACAGUGCAACGAUUUUUGCUCCUGUUAAGCCUGAUGGCCCCCAAGCUUAUCCUGAACCCGAAAAAGAAAAUUUACCCGUGUUUACAAGGAAUUACCCCAGAAUACAAAUACCUUUUGAGAUUACUUUGUGGAUGCUGCUGGCUUCAUUUGCAAAAAUUGGUUUCCAUGUGUACCACAAGAUCACAGUAUGGGUGCCAGAGUCGUGCCUUCUCAUAAGCAUUGGGCUGAUUGUGGGUGGCAUAAUGCACUCAGUUAAUGAGGAACCCCCUGCUGCACUCACCAGCAACGUAUUCUUCCUUUACAUGUUACCCCCAAUUGUCUUAGACUCAGGCUACUUCAUGCCCACAAGGCCUUUCUUUGAGAAUAUUGGCACACUGUUGUGGUUUGCAGUGGUGGGGACCCUGUGGAACAGCAUUGGCAUCGGCAUGUCCCUCUUUGCCAUAUGCCAGAUCGAGGCUUUCGGUGUGCAGGACAUCAGCCUCCAGGAGAGCCUGCUGUUUGCCUCCAUCAUCUCGGCUGUGGACCCCGUAGCUGUGCUUGCUGUGUUUGAAGAUGUUUCUGUGAACGAGCAGCUCUACAUGGUGAUUUUUGGAGAAUGCCUCUUUAAUGAUGCUGUCACUGUGGUGCUGUACAACAUGUUCAGCUUUGUGGCGGAGAUGCCAGUUGUGCACCCUGAGGAUGUGUUCUUGGGAGUGGCAAGGUUCUUUUUGGUGGGUCUUGGUGGGAUGGGCUUUGGCAUCUUGUUCGGGUUUGUGGCCGCCUUCACAACAAGAUUCACCUCCAAGGUCCGAGAAAUUGAACCGCUCUUCAUUUUCAUGUACAGCUACCUGGCAUACCUGGUGGCUGAGCUUUUUGCCAUCUCAUCCAUCAUGGCCAUUGUAACCUGUGCCCUCACCAUGAAGUACUAUGUAGAGGAAAAUGUUUCCCAGCGUUCCUGCACAACCAUCCGACAUGUGAUCAAGAUGCUGGGCUCCAUCUCUGAGACCCUCAUCUUCUUCUUUCUGGGCGUUGUUACCAUAACAACAGAGCAUGAGUGGAACUGGGGCUAUAUCCUCUUCACACUGCUGUUUGCUUUAGUAUGGAGAGGUUUGGGUGUUUUAGUGUUGACUCAGAUCAUUAAUCCUUUCCGCACCAUCCCCUUCAACAUGAAAGAUCAGUUUGGUCUGGCCUAUGGAGGUUUGCGAGGUGCCAUUUCAUUCGCUUUGGCCUUCACACUUCCUGAUACCAUUAACCGCAAGACGCUCUUCGUCACUGCCACCAUUGCCAUCAUUCUUUUCACCGUCUUCCUUCAGGGCAUCAGCAUACGACCCCUGAUUGAGUUUAUAAAUGUCCGCAGAACCAACCGCAACCUUGAAACCAUCAAUGUAGAGAUUCACUGCAGGCUCAUGGAGCAUACCAUGGCAGGCAUAGAGGAUCUCUGUGGACAGUGGAGUCACUUCUACUGGAAGGACAAGUUCAUAAAGUUCAACAAUCGAAUCCUGCGUAGGAUCUUCAUCCGAGACAGUAGGGCUGAGUCCAGUAUUGUGGCUUUGUACAAGAAGCUGGAGCUUCAGAAUGCCAUGGAGAUCCUGGACACGGUGUCUGGAGACAUCAGCGCUGCUCCGUCCAUCAUCUCUCUCCAUGAGGAAAAGAAAGCUCCUGCUUUACAGAAGAAAAAGUUCUUGGCUGCUGACCUGAGGAACAUGCACAACAUCCUGUCCAAGAACAUGUACAAGAUCAGGGAACGGACGGUGGCGUACACAAGAAAGCAUGCCCUGCCCAAUGACAGCCAAAACAGAGAGAUUCUGAUCAGACGCCAUGCCAGCAUUCGUCGAAGCCUCCGACCUGGGAGCUUUCAGUCAUCUAUCGUGCCCAAGUCACAAAAGUAUUUCUCACUUCCUCCUGAGGGACGUUUGGAUUCAAAAUUUCCCCCUGCAAGGCUGAGCUUCACAGAUGACCAGGAAACCAUGUCAGAGGUUUCUUACCCCUUCCAACGCUCUCGAUUCAAUCGGCCCAAACGCUCCUCCUCUGGAGCCAUGAUGCCAAUGCGUAGGCUUGACACCCUAAAAGAAGUACCCUCUGUUGACGUUCUUAAUGAAGCCAAGACAGGAAGUGGCGGUGCAGGCCAUGGCAUGGCACGAAAAAACCCCUCCUACAGCAAUUCCCUUGUACCUGCUGCUCAUCGUCCUUUCAGACCCUCUGUUGAUGAUAACGACUCAGAAGACUGUAGAAACCAACACUAUGAGGCAGAAGAGGAGGAGGAGGAGCAGCAGCCACUUCAGCCUUCAUCUCCACCUCCAGCCUGGGUAGUUGGACCCACAGACAACGCACCUCAAAACCCUUUACUUAGGAGGCCGCAGUGGAGCAAGAAGUGGAAAAAAAAUCCACGGGCUUUCAACAGCAGCUGGACAACCACAAACUGAGUCUUAGGUUGUCAAGCAGCAGAAAGUGUCUGGUUAUUCGACUUAAAGGCCAGAUGAAUAAACAGAGAAGUCUGUCUGUUUCUUUCUAGACAUGAGCUGCCAUUCAUAACGAACACAAUACCUCAUAGUCGUGAGGAGUCGUGCAGAUGAGCUGCCCAUGAACGACAGUGAAGGUACUGUAUGUGAAAUGUCAGCACUAGGUCACUCUUCCAAUUUUAAAUGUGUAGAGAUUUCAACUAUUUGAAUUAAUAUGUGUUUUAAAACUUCGUUUUUUAUCUUCACUUAGGAUUUCUUGACUGUUUUAAACUUGUGUCAAUUAAACUAUUUAUUGAGUCCAUGUGCAAAUUUUUUUAAUGGUCAAAAUAUAGUCUGUUUGUAAAAGUUCCAGGAAGAUGAGGGAACAACCUUUGUUUAUACACCAUUUAAGUAAAAUAUGCUUUUGCUGUACUAGUGUAUUGGAAUUUGAAGAGUACACAAGAGGAAAAAAACAACCUGGAAGAAAAAAAAUUUGGACACCUCAAGGGUUUAGAGUUUAGAUUAACUUUUACAGAACAAGAUGAUUCUCAGACAUUAAUUGGUUUUUAGGUUUUUGGCUUGUUCAGUGUCCUUAGUAAAAAAAAAAAGCAAAGUAAUGAAAACUUUUAAAGCCUUAUGAAUUUUCACAUCUUGUCAAUAGCAUUGCAGUCCUCUAGGCAGCUGCCAAAUGCUCCCAAGUUCAAUUAAUUUAUGUCCACAAAGCAAGAGAACAGCUAAAAGAAGAUGGGGAACUUAGUUUUCAGUUAACAUCAGAUCUGAAAAGUCUACCAGAAAGGUAAAUUAAAACUCCUCACUGACUGAAAAUGAAUUUUAUUAAGAUUCAUCACACUCAGAUGAAAACCUGCAUCAAUACGUAAUUCAGGAUUAGGAGUUUAGAAACCAACAGCUAAAUAAAUCUGGUGCACUUUGGAAACAAGUUAUGAGUUAUUCUUGGAGAUUUUUUUGUUUUGUAUUAUUCAGGUCUUUACUUAAUCUUUCAGUAAGGUCUUUAAAUACAUCUGUAAAAGAGCCAAUGCUCCAAAACACUUUAAAAUAAAACAUCGAUUCACCUUAAUAAAUUGCAUCUUUAUGUAUGCAUUUGAACAUCUCAUAAAUAAAUUCAAAGAGUCAAAAAUCAGACUUAGCCCACUUACCACCAGAGGAACCAUUUCCUAUACAGUGUAUUAAAAUAAGAUGUAGCAUUGAGGUAAAAUU